AUGCCGAAACGAAUAUCUGUUCGUCCUGCGGAUGUAAACAUUUCAACUGUCCGUGUCAUACGGGGACAAAAACCAUCGAUAGUCGAGAAAAAAGUACGAGAAUCUCAGGUGAAUGCCACCGGAACUUCAGCAACAACUCCAAAUGAUCAAUCAUCACGCUAUUCUCAUGUUGACCAACAGAGAGCUACAUUAUCGCAAAUAAAUCUCAACGAUCCAAAUGGACGUCUGGUGAAUCGCCUGUCCGAUACCAAUGACAAAACAUCGAUCAAUACCAAAUAUGAUUACGACACACCAUUAUAUCAUCGAUCAUCAUCGAUUCCUUCUAGUAGUGCUCCGAUAAUACCAAUGGAGGUCAUUUUUAUCAUUAAAUUGUUUCAUAUAACAAGAUUGUUUCAUUCAGAUGAUCCGAUUAAACAGAAACGAUCUACAAGAGGCCGAACAGGUGGAUUCUUCCAUAUCACGCCAUGUUGUUGUUGCUGCUUAAUAGCCACUGCAAUUGCUGCAGUACUACUUUUAGCAUUGAUCGCUGCCAUUAUUUUUAUUGCUUUGCAACCAAAACGUACAACAACAACAACAACAACGACGACGACAACGACGACAACAGCCACAACUACAACAGAAACAACCACAACCGCAACAACUGGCAUCAUCGAAUGCACUACUUGUUCUACAAAUUACACAUGGAAUAAUACGGAUACGGAGAUGAGUUGUACUAGCGUUUCCACGAUUAAGGAUCCUAAUAGUAUAAACAUUGGUCCUGAUGGGUCAAUUUAUCUUGCUGGUCACACUAUAGGACAAGUGCUGAUGUGUGGAAAUUCAACGAAUACUACUGCAGUAACAGCUCAGUAUGGCGAUCACAUUGAUUAUAUAACAUUUGAUAAGAAUGGAACAAUGUAUACAAACGCUCAUGAUAAAAAACUGGUCCGUCGUUUUGCACCAGGCAAUUCAACUGGUGAGAUUGCUGUAGGAAGUGGUCUCACUUAUCCGGUAGGCACUGCUGUCGACGACAAUUUUAAUCUUUACAUCGGUGACCAACAUGCUAAUCGAGUGGUGAAACUAGGUACCAACACAUCAACCCUUUCCGUUGUCAUUAAUACUAGUAAUUACUUCAGUAAAAUGUCGGCACUUUUACUUUCAUCGAACUCUCCAAACGAAACUUAUAUAAGUGAUGAAGGCGGUCUUAAUGUUUAUCUGUGGAAAUUUGGCAACUCGGCUCCUAGUGAGAUUUAUACAACUGUUUGUGUUUCUAAUUUCUCUUCAACACUGGAUAAGCCUCGAGGUCUUAAACUAGAUUCGUAUGGAAAUCUGUACGUCGCAGAUCAAGAUAAUAGUCGAAUAGUGGUAUACUGUGGGAAUUCAACGAUCGGUUCCGUUGUUGUCAAUACAAAUGGUAAACCAAGAGAUUUUGCUUUUGAUGCGCAUAUGAAUAUGUACGUUCUCAACGAUGCUGGAAAAGUAUUAAAAUACAAUUUGAUAUAA